UGGUCUCUUUUGAUCAUGGUGUCUAUUCACAGCAGUAGAGCAGUAACUAAGACGCACUUGAAGGAAACUCUAACCUCUCAUGGUUCUUUCCCUAUAGCUUUUCCAAGCCCUACUUUGUUGAUAGCGGAACCCAGAAGAGAACGUGUCAACCCCUGAAGUUUUAAGCCAUGGCCCAGGGACCGAUGACGUUCAAAGAUGUGGCCGUAGACUUCUCUCCGGAGGAGUGGGCGUGUCUGAGCCUGGAGCAGAGGAGUCUAUACAGAGACGUGAUGCUGGAGAACUACAGCCACCUCGUCUCCGUGGGACUUUGUGUUUAUCGGCCACAGCUGUUCUCCUUGUUGGAAAAAGGACAAGACCUGUGGAUGAUCUUGAGGGAUGAGACAAGAGGACUUAAUCCAGACAUAGAUUUCAGUUCUCAGAACAAGAAGUUACUGGGGAAACCCAGCAUAUAUGAAGAAUUAUCUCAAUGGGAAAUGAAGGAAUAUUUUAGAAAACAAAGUCUUGAAGAUUUCUGUUUUGGAGACGACCGGGAAGGCAAAAAUCAGUUUCAAAAGCGUCAAAGUCAAGAAUAUUGUGAGCAACUGGCAGUCGCCUAUGAACGAAUGAUCACUGAGAACCAGGUUUCCAAUCACCAGAGACUUAAUGCUGGAGAGAGAGCAAUCGGAAUUCAGUGUGAAAAAGCCCUUAGUGUGGGAUCUGUCCAUGUUCUUCAUCAGCUAACUCACCCUGGUAACAAAUUCCACAAAAACAAGGAGUGUGGGGAAACCUUUGUUCCGGGAUGGGACCGCGCUCACAGUCAGCAAGGUCCCUGUCAUAAGACACCUCAGCGAGGGAAGGACUCUAGAGGGCCAUUUGGUUUGCCUUCAGGAAUGCCGGGCCUUCAGCGAGAUCACACCGGCGAGAAGUCCUAUGACUGUAAGGAAUGCGGAAAGUCCUUUACUUUGAAGUCAAACUUGACGCGGCAUCGCAGAAUUCACACCGGCGAGAGGCCAUACAUGUGCCACGGAUGUGGGAAAGCGUUUACACAGAAGUCACAUCUCACGUCACAUCAGAAAGUUCACACUGGAAAAAGAGCUUAUGUGUGCAGAGUCUGUGGAAAAGCUUUUAACUGUGACUCGAGCCUGACCAGCCAUCAGAAUAGUCAUUAUCACGAGGUCGACGCUGGCAGGAAAGUGUACGAGUGUAAAAUAUGUGACAAGGAAUUUGGUUGUUAUUCAGACCUCAGUCAUCAUCAGAAAAUCCACGCUGGAGAGAGACCUUUUAAAUGUAAGCACUGUGGGAAGCCUUUCAGGUUCCAUUCACAUCUUCGGGUGCACACGCGAAUUCACACCGGCGUGAGGUCCUACGACUGUAAGGAAUGUGGAAAGUCCUUUACUUUGAGGUCAAACUUGACGCGGCAUCACAGAGUUCACACCGGUGAGAGGCCAUACUCGUGCCACGGAUGUGGGAAAGCGUUUACACAGAAAUCACAUCUCACGUCACAUCAGAAAAUUCACACCGGAGAGAAAGCUUAUGUGUGUGGAGUCUGCGGGAAGGCUUUCAGUCGUGGCUCAAGCCUGACCAAUCACCAGAAUAUUCAUUACUACGUGGUUAACGCUGGCAAGAAAGUGUACGAAUGUAAAGAAUGCGGCAAGGGUUUCGGUUGCCUUUCAAAUCUCAGUCGCCAUCAGAAAAUCCACGCUGGAGACAAACCUUUUAAAUGCAGGGACUGUGGAAAGGACUUUGGUCAGAGAGCACAUCUUACCAAGCAUCAGAGAGUUCACACUGACGAAAGCCCUUAUGAAUGUCAGAAUGUGGUCAAGUUUUUCCUCGAAGACCACAACUAUGUCGACAUCAGAAAGUCCAUAUUGGUGUGAAAUGAUGGGAUGUACGAGGAACGUAGGAGACCCUUGUUCGUGGUGUAUGUUAUACCCACACUAGGAUAUUCCCGUUAGUGGGAAGCCCUGAGUCUGGAGUGCAGGCCUUACUCGUCACCAGAACCUUCAUCCUGGGGCAGCAAAGUAAUCCGAG